UUUAUACCGGUGGGUGCGGCUUGCAAGUUGGACAAGCAACGACCACCGCCCAUUAUAUUAAUGCCAGGGGGAAAGAAAAAUAUAAAGAAAUAUCUCAGACCAAGGCUCCCAGGUAGCCGUAAGGUUGAGGGACCUGGAGUUUGGGUGACGUGCAUAAAGGUGGGCUUAGGACCCCCUCAGAGGCAGGCGGUGGGUGAAGUGUAUGACAUAUUUGAGUCGGCAAGCAUGCGAUGUCGAUCCGAGAGUUCUUCACUCAUAAAAGGAAUCUCAGCUAGCAGAGAGGCUAUAUCCUGUUUCCAACGCUGCUGAGGCAAGCGACGACGAUGAUGUCAUCGACACAGAGG